CCAGUGUUAGAGCCAGCACAUGAGUGAAAGACCUAGGACUGUAAAUCAAACAAGCCCCGUCAUCCAUGGCCUGCACAAUCGAUUUCCACUGCCUAGACGAGGGCUUCGGUGGCAAAACCUACAAGCGCAAGAGAAACCCCCAUUCCGCCGACGAAGAUGCCUCUAUCUUUGGCGGUGCUGCAAUGGAUAUCGACGACUCGUAUCCACCUCCGGCGAAGCGGUCGGCGGUACCCUCCUCGGACAAUCCUGACAAGCCCAUCCUCGGGAAGCCAAGCUACGACGGCGUGAUGGCGGGAAAAGUCUCCGGCCGGAAAUGGAAGCAGCCGAGGAAGCAGAGGACUUCGGCGGCGCAAGUCAGCCGAAAGGGGACAACUUUCGAGGAGAGGGCGAAGGCGAAGGAGAUAAAGAGGGCCUACAGAGAGAGAAUGACGGAGCUGAAGGACGAGAUCAAGAAGAACAAGGAGGAGAAGAGGAGGAGGGAGGAGAGGGAGAAGAAGAAGAAGGAGAACAUUUUGAGGUCUGGUACUAAGCUGCAGGUGAUUUCGAACCCGAAGACAAUAAAAAAGAUUGCAAAGACGAAGGAUCAGAAGCUCCUCCAGCCGGUUCCGGAGCAUUUGAUCAACAAGAACAGGAGGAAGAGGAACAACAACGACAAAUAGACUAAGAGUUGUGCUAUGUUCUGAAUAUAGUUUCUUUAUGUGCGAAAUCUUUUGCUUGCUCGAA